GCUGGUUGGACCAAUCAGUAUUACGGGAUCGGUCCAUUGAGACCGAGUUGAGGGCGCCAUGUCGCUGACGCGGUUGAUUUGACGCUACGGCCCAGAAAGUGACAAGGACGUUGAAAUUCCUUAGUCAGGACAUUUCGACGAGGGCGCCGGAUGGACACGCCAAUCGUCUUAUGCACCGCCGCUCCUCAAUCGCGGAGAUGUCUUAGCUCGACUAGCCGCUCCUAUAAAGCAAAACAGACCGCAGACAAGUUCUCCGCAGGUCCCGCUCUCUUCUUCCGCCUCACUACGCUCUUCCCCACCCCUGCCACAGCUUAGUUUCUGCUUUCAAGUUUCAACUCGUACUUUAUUUGUCGCUCGCUUUUCGCGAUGUCCGACCCAGCACAACUAGAACGUAUCAGGGAGGACGAGGGGGCCAUCACAGAACUUCCACCAGACCCAGCACACACGGUUGGCGCGUACGCUGAUGCCGCCGUUCAUAACGCAGUCCACGAACACUCUCCAGUCUCUCCACCCGUAACCCGGCAUGCGCGUCGGGGUUCAACUGCGUCCCAUGCCUCUCACGUCUCUCUCGACUACUUCGAUCCAGUUGGAGUCAACGAGCUCAGACGGACACUUUCCCAGCAGCAGGAUGAGCUUCGGAGAACAAUGUCACAACAGGCCACCCACAACGCGAAGAAGUCGACCUCGAGCCAGAACUCGCCAGAGGGUGGCAGUAAGAAGGGUGCAGGACGGUCGUUUGAUUUGGAUUCAGAGGAGACUUUGGCAGUCGGUGACGGACCGUUCGAUUUCGAGAGGUCAUUACGGUUGACGAUGCGCAAGAGAGAGAAAUACCAGAUCGCGUCGAGAGAGCUGGGUGUCUUGUUCAAGGACCUGAGGGUCGUUGGCUUGGGCUCGGCUGCGAGCUACCAGACUACGUUUGGCUCUCUUUUCGAUCCGCGUAUCAUGGCCGAGAAGUUCAGGAAUUUGCGCAACCCGCCCCUGCGUGAUAUUCUCUAUGGCUUUGAGGGAGUCGUGCGUCCGGGAGAGAUGCUUCUCGUCCUCGGUAGCCCUGGCUCGGGAUGUAGUACCCUUCUCAAAACUCUCGCCAAUCAGCGCAUGGAGUACCAUGCCGUCGAGGGUGACGUCCAUUACGAUUCCUUCAGCCCGGAAGAGAUCAACAAGCACUAUCGCGGCGACACCGUCUACAGCAUGGAGGACGACGUACACUUCCCUAUGCUUACUGUCGACGACACUCUUUGCUUCGCCGCCAGAAUGCGUGCCCCCCAGACUAGGAUCGAUGGUCACUCGCGCGAGGACUACAUCCGCGGUACGGUCGAUGUUCUGGAGACCAUCUUCGGUCUGAAGCAUGUAGCUAAGACGCCAGUUGGUGAUGCGAGUUUGAGGGGUGUGUCGGGUGGUGAGAAGAAGAGGGUGUCCAUUGCUGAGGCGUUGGCUAUGAGGGCGUUGUUGGGGUCUUGGGACAACUCGACCCGUGGUCUCGAUGCGUCGACGGCUUUGGAGUUCGUUCGUGCCCUGCGCAUCGCUACCGAUAUUUCUCGUCUGUCGACCAUCGUCUCGAUUUACCAAGCCGGCGAGCAGCUGUAUGAGCACUUCGACAAGGUCUGUGUCAUCUACGAGGGUCGCAUGGCCUACUUCGGGCCCGCAGACUCCGCCCGCCAGUACUUCAUCGACAUGGGCUUCGAGCCCGCCCACCGUCAAACCACGGCGGACUUCCUCGUCGCAGUCACCGACCCGAACGGACGUAUCAUCCGCUCUGGAUUCGAGUCCCGUACCCCUCGCACUGCCUCCGAAUUCGCAGAGCGCUUUCUCGCCUCUCCCGCGGGCGACGCCAACCGCGCCGACAUGGACUCUUACCGGUCCGACUUCGUCGGCAAGCCUGAUCGCGCUCUGGACUACAAGACUAGCGCGCGCGCAGAACACGCGAAGACGCAGAGCAAGAAGAGCCCGUACACAAUUUCCACGGCGAUGCAGGCAAGGGCGGUCGCGGCCAGGAGGUUGCAGAUCAUCAAGGGUAGCAUGGCGAAGGAGGUCGUGCAGAUGGCUACUUUCAUCAUCCAGGCGAUCAUCAUUGGGACUGUGUUCUUGAACAGCCCCGAUUCGACUUCGGCGUAUUUCUCUAGGGGCGGUGUGCUCUUCUUCGCCUUGCUGUUUGCUGCCCUUUCGUCUAUGGCCGAGAUCCCUGCUCUGUUCGCUCAACGUCCUAUCGUCAUCAAGCACUACAAGUCCGCGAUGUACCACCCGUUCAUCGAGGCUGCCGCGAUGACUCUCGUCGACAUCCCUAUCACGUUCAUCACUCUUAUCGUCUUCGGUGUCAUUCUUUACUUCCUCGUCGGCCUUCAAAAGUCGGCCGGCCAAUUCUUCACGUUCUUCGUUUUCGUGUUGACGAUGUCGCUCACCAUGAAAGCCUGGUUCCGCGCCGUCGCUGCCGGUUUUGGUGCUCCCGCCCCCGCUCAAACAGUCGCCGGUAUCCUCCUCCUCGCUCUCGUACUCUACACCGGUUACGCCAUCCCCAAACCUUCAAUGAUCGGCGCCCUCCGCUGGAUAUCGUACAUCAAUCCACUGCGCUGGGGUUUCGAGGGCCUGGUGGCGAACGAGUUCCACACGCUCAAUGGAGAGUGUGCGACGCUUGUGCCGAGUGGAGCGGGGUAUGAGAAUGUCGGUAUCGCGAACCAGGUUUGUACGGCGGUGGGAAGUGUUGCUGGCAGCAGCACGGUGGAUGGGAAUAGGUUUAUCGAGUUGAGCUAUGGUUACUCGUUCGUUAACGUUUGGAGGAACUUCGGUAUCGUCGUCGCCUUUGGUGUUGUGUUCAUCGCUGGCUACCUCUUCUUUACCGAAUGGAACACCACCUCGUCGACCACAACCUCUUCUAUGCUCUUCAAGCGCGGCACUACUUCCCCUGUUCUCGAAGAAGCCAUCGCCGAUGAGGAAAAAGGCAAGCCCGUUUCCGAGAAGGCCGCGAUCGCACCGUCCAGGAGCAACGAUCCCACGGUCGACAAGGCCCUCGAGGGUACGAUGGCGAUGAAGGAUGUCUUUACUUGGCAGCAUUUGGAGUACACUGUCCCUGUGGGUGGAGGCAACACGAGGAGGUUGCUCGAUGACGUGUCUGGUUAUGUGGCACCUGGGAAGUUGACUGCUCUCAUGGGUGAAUCCGGUGCUGGCAAAACUACGUUGCUCAACGUCCUCGCUCAGCGCCAAAGCACUGGUGUCGUUACCGGAGAUCGCUUAGUCAACGGCUCGCCCCUCCCCGCAGAUUUCCAAGCUCAGACCGGUUACUGCCAACAAAUGGACACCCAUCUUCCCACCGCCACUGUCCGUGAAGCCCUCCUCUUCUCUGCCAAGCUCCGUCAGCCCGCCUCCGUCCCCGAAUCCGAGAAGGAAGCCUACGUCGAGACCGUCCUCAAGAUGUGCGGCCUCGAGAACUUCGCGGAGGCCAUCGUCGGCUCACUCGGUGUUGAGCACAAGAAGCGUACUACCAUCGGUGUCGAGCUCGCUGCGAAGCCGAAGUUGCUCCUUUUCUUGGACGAGCCGACUAGUGGAUUGGACUCGCAGAGUGCUUGGGCUAUCAUGCAGUUUUUGAGGAACUUGGCGGACCAUGGACAGGCGAUUUUGUGCACGAUCCAUCAGCCUUCGUCUGAGCUGUUCCAGGUGUUCGACAGGCUUCUGCUCUUGAAGAAGGGCGGUCAAACGGUUUACUUCGGUGAUUUGGGCCCCAACGCAACGACGCUCCUCAAUUACUUCGAGAAGAGCGGUGGAUAUGCUUGCCCUCCCACGGCCAACCCCGCUGAGUAUAUCUUGGACGUCAUCGGUGCCGGAGCUACUGCGACAACGGACAUCGACUGGUACAAGGCGUGGAAGAACUCGAAAGAGGCUCUCAACGUCGAAAAGCAACUCCAGGAAAUUAUCACCGAAGGCCGCGCCCGUCCCCCGGUCGCGACGGAACUGCACUCCGAGUUCAGCACCAAUUGGUUGUUCCAGGUCAAGACGCUCCUGAAGCGCGAUAUGCAGCGUCAUUGGCGCGACACGGAAUAUUUGAUGGCGAAGUUGGCGUUGAAUAUCAUGGCUGGUCUCUUCAUCGGGUUUACGUUCUGGAAGGCGAAGGAUUCGAUCCAGGGCACGCAGAACAAGCUUUUCGCUAUCUUCAUGAGCACCAUUUUGUCUGCGCCGCUCGCCAACCAGUUGCAGGUUCCGUUCAUCUCCACCCGUAACGUCUAUGAAGUCCGCGAACGCCCCAGCAGGAUGUACUCCUGGACGGCACUGCUCACUAGUCAAAUUCUCGGCGAGAUCCCGUUGAACAUCGUUGGGUCGUCCAUCUUCUUCAUUUGUUGGUUCUGGACCGUCGGUUUCCCGUCCGACCGCGGAGGAUACACCUACUUGAUGCUCGGUAUCAUUUUCCCGCUGUACUACACGACCUUCGCCCAGUCUGUCGCGGCGAUGAGCCCGAACCCUGAGAUUGCGGCGUUGUUGUUCAGUUUCUUGUUUAGUUUUGUCAUCAACUUCAACGGUGUCCUUCAGCCUUUCGCCCGUCUCGGUUGGUGGCAAUGGAUGUACCGCCUCUCGCCCUAUUCCUACCUCAUCGGCGGUCUUCUCGGCCAGGCUAUCGGCGGUUACCCCAUCACCUGCUCCUCCACCGAACUUGUCACGCUUGUCCCACCCUCCGGCCAGACCUGCGGUGAUUAUCUCAAUCCGUUCAUCGCGACGUCUGGAGGAUACAUCACGGACACGAACGCGACAGACUCGUGCACGUACUGUGCAAGUGCGACGACGGACCAGUUCUUGGGCGCGAGCUUCAACAUUACGUACGGGACGCAUUGGAGGAACUUCGGCCUGAUGUGGGCGUACAUAUUGUUCAAUAUCUUCUUGAUCUACAGCUUGACGUGGUUCUUCCGUAUCCGUUCAGGAAGCCUGUUUGCCCCUUUGAAGCGUUUGGCCGCAAAACGGUCAAAGUCUUCGUAAACGGUUUCGGUCCUGUUCUGGUUCUCACGCACAGUUGCUUCGGUUCACGACUUGGACUUUAUCGCUCGACAUUAGACGAUAUAUCGUUACGCGCAUUAUGUUAUGUCUCCACAUCUACCUCCAUUGCCUCCUCCCCCACACCGUCUAGAUCUCUCCUAUGCCUAUGGACUCUCUCUGAAUCUUCUUCCCGGUCUGCUGCUGCACAUCUACACCCGUAAAUUGCAUUUUCAUCCUCCUUCAAAUUUGAAUCCACGUAGAUAUCGUCCGUUCCUUACCAUCUGUCUAGUACUUCUCUACCUACAUCUCCAUAUUUUUCACGACUUUACGCAUACAUUACCUGUUUCGUCCGUCCGUCCGUCCGUUCGUCCGCCAAGUCAUUUCGUUCUUCGUUGGUUGGUCAUCCCUAUUCUUACUCGAUAAUAUACCUGCUUGACACGGGGUCCGUGCUCGCAUCC